AUGGGGUCUAAUUUGAAUAGUGACAGAAAGAACUCUGGCAUACAGCUUUCGCCUUUAAUCUCCCCAGUUGACCAGUCAGAGGUGACUUCACAUCCUCUUUCAAGAGACGAGUCCGAUUCUACUAGACGUUCCUCUUCUAUUGUUUCCUUCAGUUCUGAAGACAGUACCGCUUUAGCUACACGGAAGAAUUCCACUCGUUCUGUUAAUGAAGCAGUUGCUGCAAGGGCCAAGGCUACAGCUAAGGCUUCUGCUAGGGCUACUGGUAAGACUACCAAACCAUGUACAAAGACCAAAAAGAAGAAGAAACCUCAGGAGAUCCCAACAGAUAUCACUGAAUCUCCAAGUGUUAUUGCCAUCUCAAAUUUGAGAUGCCCCUCUCCUCCUCCAAUUCUUCAGCACCCUAAACCCCUAUCACCUCAGCUUGAAAGAACCCCUCUAAUCAACAAUGAGGAACCGAUGGACGAGACUGAAUCUGCAAUUAUUGAUGAGAGCGAGACGAUAGCGUCAGAAGAGCAUCUCCAAGCAGAUAUCGAUGGAAUAUCUGGUACUGAUUCUACAACACCUGGAGUAACGGGUCUCGCUUUAAGAAAGAGAGUAGCAGUUCAUGCCAUGAGUGCCGCUAUUGCUGCUCAGACUGCAAGAGACAAAAUUCAGGAUUCCCCUAUAAAAUCAAAUCCGAUUACAGAUUCUUCUUUUAAUACUGUUGUUGUUGAUUCGCCUCCUCUCACUUCUUCAUCUUCUUCGGGAUCUACAGGUGCUAUCGCGACCUCCAAGCUUACCGAGUCCCUUAGAUUACAGCCAGAGAUUUCGCAUCACAAGGCGCCAUCGAUGCAUGCCCAUUUCUAUGUUGAGGACACUUUGAAACACGGACCUGUUCGUUCUAGAAGUGCGUCAGGAUCCACUACAGAUGGAAAAUCUAUACUAGAAACAAUUACACAGGUACCUCAGCAAGGACAGACAGUACUAUCGAGUGCGAUAGCAUCUGCAGUGACCCCAACAGGACAGAGCGGGCAACAGCAAAGACCUAAAAGUCCAUUUUCUCCUGGCAUUUCAUUUACGCAGGUAGAGCAUACGCCAUCGCCAGGUUCUGCAACCAUUAAUGCAGGCCCCAUUCCCCCAGGUACUCCAUCUCAUGAAAAUGUGGAUGCCAGACUACCUCAUGAUGAUGGCAAGCUUCAUAUUUUAUUUGGUGCCUGUGGAUCUAUCUCCAUAAGCAAAACUCGUCUGAUAAUUCAUAAGUUAGAGGACGUUUAUAAAGAUAAAGUUUCCAUUCAGUUGAUUCUCACGAAGGCAUCUGAACACUUUGUGUCAAGAGGCGAAUUCCCAAGUGAUGUGGUUAUUUGGAAAGAUAGUGAUGAAUGGACUACAUGGCACAGCCGAACAGAUCCUGUAAUCCACAUUGAACUAAGGAGGUGGGCCGACAUACUAAUUGUUGCACCACUAUCUGCCAACACUCUAAGCAAAAUUGCGUUGGGCUUAUGUGAUAAUCUACUUACCAAUGUCAUUCGUGCCUGGAAUACACAGUAUUCAAUCCUUCUAGCUCCAGCCAUGGUUUCUUUUGCAUACAACUCACCCAUAACCAAACGUCAUGCCAAGAUGAUAAAAGAGGAGAUGAAAUGGAUCGAGAUUUUGAAACCUACGGAAAAGGUGGUGAGCAGUUAUGGAGAGAUAGGUAUGGGAGGUAUGAUGGAUUGGAAUGAGAUUGUUGAUAAGAUAGUUCAGAAAUUGGGGGGAUACCCCGAGGAUGAAGAUGAUGAAGACAAUGAUAAGGAUGAGGAUGAAGAUAAGGAUGAGGACGAGGACGAGGAUGAGGAUGAAGAUAAAGACGAAGAUGGAGACGAGGACGAAGAAGAAGAUGAUGAUGAUGAAGAUGAUGAUGAUGAUGAGGGUAAAGAUGCAGAUAACAAAGGCGUUAAGGAGAAAGAAAAUCAAAGCCUUAAAGAUGAUGAUGACAACAAUGAUGAUGAUGAUGACGAUGAUGACGAUGAUGACGAUGAUGACGAUGAUGACGACGGCAACAAUGGUGAUGAUGUGGAAGAUGAUGACGACGAUGAUGACGAUGAUGAUGAAGAGGAAUCACUCACCAUGGGUGUCAGAAGAAUGACUGUGGCUGAAGAGGAUGAAAUAAACUAG